AUGGCGGCCAGGAAAGUGUUUGCUAUACCGGAGCUCGUCCAUCUCAUCGUUGAGCAAGCCGAGUGGUAUGAGCGCCGCCAGCUACUCACAAUCUCACGCCUAUUCCAAGCCGCUGUCGAGCCGUCUGUAUGGCGUGGCUACACCUUCAGAACAGAUAGCAGCGCCGAAGAGUUCCUAGAGAAAUAUCACGGCCACCGCAGCCGCUACCUUCGCUCUAUAGAUAUUCAUAUUGACUUUCCAACCCAGGUGGCCACUGAUGGGAACGAAAUCCCAUGCCGCGAGACGGCUAAAGAUCUCCAGUCAUAUAACGAGCUCUUUACCCGUCAAAUAUUAGCUCUGUUUACUAUGCUCAAGACCUUAGAGGAUCGAGAGCUCCCCCAAAAUCGACCAAGGGACAUUAACUUAUGCCUCCGGAUUUAUCGACUCUAUCGAGGUAGUAACAAAGAGUGCCAUCACCGCGAACGUCUCAGCUGGCGCCUUUGUCUGCUCACACAUAAGGAUCUGCCUACCCUCUCGUCAGUUAUAAGCCUCCGUCUCAGUCAGGAUGAGUAUAAGGAUGAUAAUGGCGCUCCUAAGGUCAAUUUGCCCUCCACACCACAGCCCUUGGAUUUUGGUGCUAUAUCUAGUCUCGUUUCCAAGCUCCCAAAUUUAGAUAAUUUGGAAGGUGAAUGGCAUGAGGACGACUGGCAGGUGGCUUAUGAGUACGCUGUUCUCAUCCACUUUACACGGCCAUGGGAAGGUCCCUGGCGUGAUUCUAGGCAUACCUUUGGUAAUAUUAUACGGAAUGCAGCCACUCUACUAACAAAAAUUAGGCGUAUAAAGCUAGAAUUUUGUCGGACUUAUGCCUUCAAGUAUCAUGAUCAAAGCUUACCCCUGCCUAAUCUGAUUAGCCCACUAUCCUACGAUCCAUUUAGCUCUGGCCUUCGUAUAAUCUCACAACGUGUGGUUAACUUGGCUAUCCGUGCAUGUGUUGACCGUAAUCUUUUCUGGCCUUUAGAUAGCGAAGGCAAGGUUGAGUCCCCAUCUUGGCCGUACUUGAAAAACCUCCAUGUCGAAUUUGAACCUAUGUCGCCAUCUGGGAUAUGGUACUUUCAAGGGCCUAGGGGAGAGGGUCGAGAGGCCAAUACCCCGUUUGAGAUUACCCAAGCUCACUAUCCCCCAGUUGGGGAAAACCCACAAGAUAAGCACUGGGAUGAGAUUUGGAUACGAGAAUGGGGUCAAUGGGAGAAUAUGCAGCCUAAUAUAUUUCGAAUCACCCCCAUUGAUGAGACUAUAGAGCUAUUCCUAGAAGCAUUUAUUAAGGCAUUAGAGAAAAUGCCAUUACUAGAGGAAGUCGAACUAUUCACGCGUAUGAAAUUUGCGCCUGAUGAAGACUUAUAUGACACCUAUGAUGCCGACGAAGAAAAGGAAUACCUAUGGGGAUUACGGUAUCUUCUUCCAAAAGACGGUGGCAACCCCCUGCUUGAGUGGCAUAUUGGUGACUGGCGCCCAAGCGAAAGGCUGCUGCAGAGAUUUCACGAUAUUGCAGCGCAUAGAAGCGGAAACCCGUUGGAGGAGAGAUGGGUGGAUUGGAAGCAGUGCAACAUCCACAGUUUUUACCGCCAUAGUUUUGAAUCUUUUUCUUCUGUAACUUAUAUGGAGUAG